UUGUUUUGUCAAAAAAGAGAAAAUUCUCAAGUCUAAUUAUCUCACUUCAGUCUUUUUGAGAGUCAAACCCACAGACUGACCAACAAAGUAUGUAGUCAAACUGAACUGAUAUCAAACAUGUAUGGAUAACAACAAUUAAAGCAUUUUAACAAUGCAAGUUGUAACUGUUCAAAAUUAAUUGUGCAACGCCUUCAGCAACUAUAAAAUGAGGAAUUAAGUUACUUCAAAUUUGAAUGAAACAUUAGCAAUGUUGUCUGUAACAGGCACCAGUUUUUUGUCUGCAAUCCCCUGUGUGACUAUUAUGUACUGCUCUAGUCUAUGAGACAGACGCUUCCUGUCAUGUCACAUAAUGAGCAGUUAUAGUCACAUGUGAAUCUACUGCCCGCGACGCCCACACAUCACAAGUUAUCACAAGUAUUUCUGCUGUUCCCAAACUUUCCUCAACUUCAAGCUUCACUGCUGUGUAUAGCUUUGAUACGGCUGUGUCUGUGAAAUAACGUCGCGACGGAGUCACAUACCUGGUUCCAGUGUCUUUAGCAUGUAGCUAAAACCCUUGUUUUCCACAACGUUGUACAGCCUCAAGUCUUUGCACAUGAAGAAAGUGGUGGAUUGUGUUAUUUUCUUUGCGCGUUCUGAAUUGAGAGGCAGUUUUGUCAGACUCAGUGAGUCCAGUGUCGGCUGGUUUCUCGGUAGCGCUGAUGUAGCAUUGGCUUUGGCGUCAUCCGUUGAUGCUAUCUCGGGAUGGUGGCGAGUUAGAUGAGCCCGCAAGUACGUUGUAUUCCUCGAGUAUUUUAUUUUCAUGCGGCACUCCUUGCAAACUCCAUGUGUCAUUUCCAUCUCAUUCGUCCCUUCCUGUUAAAAAAAUCUGAAAUAAGCCCACGCGCUUGACUUAAAUGCGGACGGGGCUCUCCUUAUUCAUCUUCGGUGCCGCCAUCUUUGUUGUACUAACUUCUUCUGUCCCGCUGACCGUCACCUCUACUGACCUCACCAGAAUAGAACUCAACAGCACCAUCUAGUGGAUCAAAAAAGCAAUUGAUGCGUGAGGUGGUGAGGAGGUGAGUGGCAGAGUUCUGAAUGUACUGGAGUUUGUUGAGUAAUUUGGAGGGAAUGCCAUACAAUAUGCUUUUACAGGAGUCCAGUCUAGAGGUGAUAAAGGCAUGGAUCAGUGUUUCUGUGGCAGGGAAGGAUAGUGAUGGAUGGAGACGGACAAUGUUUCUUAGGUGAAAAAAGACAGAUCUGGUGACUUGGUUUCUGUCAAAAAUGACUCAGAUGUUGUGGAUGUGGGAGCACAGGGACAAUGGGGAGGCUGAAGUUGUCUGUAGUUUUGGUGCAAUAUCUUGGACCAAUGAUUAUUAUGUCUGAUUUGUCACAGUUUAGUUUAAGAAGGUUUUCUUCCCAAGUUUUAAUGUCAGUGAGGCAGUUGGGUGUAGUGAGUGGCAGUGGUAAUGGCUUUGGUGGAGAUGUAGAGCUGGACGUCAUAGGAUCGGAUAGGAUCUUAGCCAGGAGAGGGCGGGACCAGUGAUGUUGAGGCUGGUUCCAGACGGGAAAGAAGGAUGUUGUGGUUGAUGGUAUAGAAUAAAACAAGGGGGAAAAAACUGUCUGAUGUGCAUCAGUAUCACACACUGACGGCUGUGAAGACAUCGACAUCUGACCAGUUAGGAUGAGAAGGCCUUAGGUUUGCAAAUAUUUUUUUGCAUUGAGUUUAUUAUUGCAUCACUAACAUGUCUUUGUUCAACUGAUUUUUGUUUUUGUGAACCCAUGUCUUGUUCCAUUAGGGAAAUCUGGACAGCAGCAGCUCAACCUCCAUGGAGGGACAGCCAGGCGGGGCCACGGGCUCUCAGCCAGGUGGGGCCACGGGCUCUCAGCCAGGCGGGGCCACGGGCUCUCAGCCAGGCGGGGCCACGGGCUCUCAGACAGGCGGGGCCACGGGCUCUCAGCCAGGCGGGGCCACGGGCUCUCAGCCAGGCGGGGCCACGGGCUCUCAGCCAGGCGGGGCCACGGGCUCUCAGCCAGGCGGGGCCACGGGCUCUCAGCCAGGCAUGCUUACACGUUCUCAGAGUGUAACAAGCAGCCAAGUGAGAGUGAAGGAGGAGAAAGAUGAUGAUUUCUUUAACACACACAGCCAAGUGAGAGUGAAGGAGGAGAACAAAGGUGAUUCCAUGGCCGGACAUCUCAUGCACCGCUUCACAGUGAGCUUCAGUCCUGACCGUAAGAAAUACACUGUAGACUGUGAUCAACCUCGCACAGUGCUGGAGGCCAUAAAAUCAACUGAAAGUUUUAAUCAGAAGAAAAAGAAGAAGAUUUCAGAUGAGAACAUUGUGCUUCAGAUUGGUAAAGAGGAUAGGGCACCUAUUGUUCCAACACAUUUUCCCUGUACUUGUAUCAGGAACGGGGAGACUCUGAUUCUAUCAUGUGAAUCAAAAGAGGUUGAAGAGGCCAAAGAUCAACAUGACCAACCAAUACAGUCAAAAAACAACUAUUCUGUCUUCUACAUUGAUACAGUUGGAGGGCUGUACACCAGACAAAAGAAGCUUUUUAGAAACAACGCUCUAAAACAGUUCAAGCGUCUGUGUGUUUAUGGGGAGAAGGGGAUGACUGUGGAAGAGGCUCUAACAAGAGAUGGUCGCUUCAUUGAGGACCUUGGCAACUUCACUCUGUCUGACAACAGUGAUCCAGACUCCAUCACUGAACGUACACAAAAGGUCGACAACCUCCACCAAAAAGAAUUCAAGAUAUGUCUUCCAAAGAUCAAGAGAGCAAAUGAUGAAAAGCCGCAGAAAAACCUAGGUGCAUCAAAAACUAAACAACAGAAGUGUGAUGCAGUUGUGGAUGCACUAAAGCAGAGUGGUAGUGUCAAAAAGCCAAGCAAGCAGGAAAGAAUAAGUGUCAGAACAGCAGUUGCAAAUUGUGUCAACACUGAGGAGGUUUAUAAAAAACUAUGUGAGCAGUUUCCACGUCUGAAAGAAUGGAUGGAGAAAAGGUUCCCAGGUGAUUCUUAUCAGAAAGCACUAGAGUUGAGGAAGGAAGACUUUGGAAAGAUCCAACAUUCAUUCAGUGAAGUUCACAGAGUCAAAAAGCUGCUAGAGCUGGGCGAGUCUGUUUGCAAAGUGGUUGUUAGGGGUGGUGAGGGUGUUCGUCAGGGAACAGGCUUUGUGCUAUUUGACAACUUCAUCUUGACCAACGCACACCUAUUCAAAGAGUGUGUUGAAGGACAAGAGCUGAUGGAAGAUAUACAUACGUAUGUAAAAUUUAACUAUGAGGAACCAGGUUUUGGCUCAGGGAACAAACACUUUGUUAAGAGAAAGUUGAUUGGCUACAGUGAUGGUGAUCUAGAUUAUGCUAUACUUGAGGUCAACCCUGAGGCCCAGAGAAAAGACCCAACAACACAAACAAAGAAAAGGAAGGUGCCACCGGGGCUUCUGAAUAGAUUUGGUGACUUACCUCUGAAUGGGGAAGCCUGUAUCAUUGGUCACCCAGCAGGAGAAGUGAAAAAAAUGGAUCCAAUAUGCAUCAUUGAGAAAGAGAAGAGGGAGCAGGCGGUCAACCGCAAUUUAGAGAACUACAAAGAUUAUCUGUUCCCUCUAUGCACAAUCAAUCAUUCCAUCAAAAAUGACCCACGUGCAGAUAUUUUGCUGACCUACAACACUUUCAUGUAUCACGGCUCUUCAGGCUCCCCAGUGUUUGAUGCUGGGGGCAGAGUGUUUGGUUUGCACAGUGGUGGAUUUUUCUAUGGGUCUCCAAAGUCUGAUGAGAGUGUAAUAGAGUACGCACUACCUCUGCUUAAAAUAUUUGAACACUUUGUGAGUAAGCUGAAGAAAGAGAACAGGGAAGAAGAUAAGCAGCUGUUGAAGAGAGUUGAGAAAAAAGCAAAGGGAAACCGAUACCUAGAAUACAUACUCAAUCUCAGGGCAACCAGCACUGAGGAGCCAUCAGCAGAGAAUGAUGAAACAGCAGACAGUGAUGAGUCAAUGGAGACUGAUUAGGUCAUCAAGAGUUCUUGUGGCAAGUUGUCUCAGACUGGGCAUUGUUUAAAAACGACCAGUACCAAUACCAAUAACCUUAAAGUGAUAUUAAUACCACCUGAGUACUUUGCUCAUACCUUUCCAUUGGUCUUCUUUAUUUGAUACCCUUUGUUUGAAUAAGAGCUGGACUGUCAAAA